AUGUCUGCAGCGAAGACAUUUUUAAUGCUCUGCAUUAUUUCGUACUCGAUGAAUCAAGGUAACACAUAUUGUAACAAUUUGAAAAAAUUUUAUUCGAUAGAAUAUAGUGCAAUUCAAAGUAUUAUAUUGACUUUCUUCUUUUUUACAUCGAUUGUUUUAGCGUUUAGUAUUUCCUGCUAUCAGUGUGACUCGCGCUAUAAUCCAGAAUGUGAUUCAUAUUCUAAGAAAGAAAAUUUUGCAUUCCAUUGUUCUAUUUAUGCUAAAAGUUCUGCUUCACUGUUAAACACUACAUUACUAUCGCUACAAACGAACAUUGCUGGAAGACGAGGUAUUAACCCCUUUAACGAAUGUUUAACGUUAACUGGAACUUGGCAAGGGUCCAAACGUAUCAUACGGAGUUGUUCAUCUACGGCAGUACCAAAUGACGUUUUCGAGAAUCUUGCAAAAGCACUAGAAAUAACAAUAGAAUCUAUCAAUCGUUGCCAGUCUGACUUGUGCAAUUUUUCCAGUAACCUGAAUAUUUUAUAGGUGCUUUCUUAUUAUUUCUUGUUAUGGACAUGUACAUCCGUAAAAGGAAAAUAAAAAUAUAUUAAUAAUAAAAAAAUAUGAGUAAUCAAUUACUUGUUUUUUUAUCAAUACUACUACAACCUAAUAAAAGAAAAAUCUGAAAAAUCUUUAAAAAUAUUUUAUGCGUGCGAUAAAGUUAUAAAUAAACAGCAACGAACGCGCAGUACUCCAAGCAGUAAAUAACAAUAUCCUAGAAAUUGGUGAUUGAGAUACAUGUGAGUCACGAAAUUAAAAACAAAGGAUAAAAAUUGUUAUGUAAUUCCUCACAUUAAUUUUAUUAUCAAGUAGAGAAGUAGUUA